AUUUAUUGAACCGUCGAUGAGAUAAACAAAAACUUACAGUUAAUCCGUUGACCACAAGAUGUGCUUAAGACAUGAAUCAAUGAUUGCAUGAAUUUCGCGUUCAUUUGAACCAUAAUUACUAUAAUCUAUAAACGGGACUAAAGUGUGAAUCAAACAAAUCACUCAACAUUACCACAAAAUGACGGCAAAAGUGUUUAACGUUUUCGCGAAUCUCGAGACAGAGUUCUUGGAGGCGAAGAAGAGUCUGAAAGAUGUGGACGAAUCCAUCAAAAAGAUCACUGGAAGGGAACCCAAUUUGGCGGCGAAGGGAGUCAAGGGUCAGACCAAUGGCCGCAAUCGAGUGGCCCUUCCGUUCGGGAACUCCUUCUCGACGGCGAUCUCACAAAUUGAAGACCAAUCGGACGAACCGCUGAGGAAACGACGCUUCUUUGGCGGCAGCGCUUUCAGCCGUUUACGCGGAGAUCAAAGAGAUAUCGCUUACGACGACUACGAAGAGCCGGUCCGCAAGCCUACAGUGCAGUCAUCAGUGGUGGCCACCACUCGCUCAGCAAAGCCACGAACGCAGGCCUUAGAGGAGCAGAAGAACGACAAGAAGAGUUUGGCCCGAAAUAAGCGGAUGUUUGGUAUGAUUUUGGGAACUCUGCAGAAGUUUCAGAACGAAGAGUCGACCAGAAAAGACACGCAAACGCAGAAAAGAGUGGAAAUCGAGAAGAAAUUGGACGCAAAGGCGGAACAGGAGAGGACAGCCCUUCGGAAAGAGAGACGCGAAUUGUUUUUGGUUCGCCGCGAAAAAGAGGCACAAAUCAGACGUAUUGAGCAUAAGAUGCAAAGAGUGGAGAUUCAUCAGGAAUGGGAGCGCUCUCACCAACACCUCUCCAAUUAUAUUCAGACCAAAACCAAACCCAAUCUCUUUUAUUUGCCCGCAAAACACACUCCGGAAACGGAAAAGAGACUCCAAGAGACUAAAGACAAAUACAGAUUAAUUGUGGCCGAAAAGAGGGCUAAAGUGCAGAAAGAGUUGUCAGAAAUCGAUGAGCUCUACAAAAAGGAAGAGCAAACUCUGUUGGAUGAAGACAUGGAAGAGAUGGAGACUCACGAGUCAGACACCAAACAGAACUCAGAUGAGACCAAACCUUUGGCCCAAAUUGAGAGUCAAAGCGAAACACUUGAAUCUAACAAUAAUAGCAAUAAUAUAGUCAUUUCAGACGACAAUAAUAUCAAUGUCUUGAAUGAG